UCUAUUUUCUGUGCACUUUGUGCUGCCUGGCUCCUUGUUGUAGCCUGGACCAGCCUGGUGAUGAGCUCGCCCUGCUGUUCUAGCCCUUCUCCACUUCCUCUUUUCCCUUUAUUGCAAAAUAGUAAAAGAAUCCCAGGUCCUCCUCCCUCUGCUCUCUCCCUCUCCUCCAAACCCGCCCCUUCAAUCCCUUCCCCUCCCUCCUCUCUGUCCAUCUGCUCUGUACUGUCUGGUAGGACACCUUUUGUUGUUGCCAAAGCUCGACCUGUUGCAACUCGCCCAUUUUUAUUUUUAGCCUCCUUGUGAGAAAGACCCACCUUCUGUAUUCUUAUAAAUCAUGACCGCCCCUCUGACGUUCCCCUCGCUGCCCAGCGAGAACAACUCGCGCUCCUCGUCGCCGGUGGCCGACAGUAAGCCAAAGAAGCCAGCACGGCGGCCCAACAAGCCCAAGGCGCCAAAGCAGGCCAGGACCGAGGAGACCGCAAAGAAGGCCGCAGAGACCGCAAAGAAGGCCGAGCACAAUAAGCGCGGGUCAGGCAGCCGGCGCACGCGCGCCAAAACAGAGGGCACCAAGCCGCAGGAGAAGCCGCAGGCAGGUGCCCAAGCAGAAGCCGGCGCGGAAGAACCAGGCGCGGCGCAAGACCGAGGCGGCAACGGAGAACUCCCCUGGGCUGCAGCGCGCCAUGAUCGUGCAGGGGGAGAACGGGCGCGCGCGCGUGCUGUUCUCCGGCCUGAGCCCCAUGGACCAGGUGGCCGAGGAGACGCCCCGCGCGCCCCCGGCAUGCCAGUCCAAUGCGUACGCGACCGGCGGCUACUUUGCCAAGCGCCGCGCGUCCGUAUCGAACGUCGGCCUGGCAGUCGACCCCAGCCACUCGAUCCGCAUCCCAGCCAUUAUGUUCCAGAAGCCCGCGGAUCUGGAGCAGCCCGGCGCCCCGCACACGCCGGUGUCGAACCCGAACACGCCCGAUCCCAAGGACGGCGAGGGCCUGGCGAUGAAGCGCCUGCAGGACAUGAUCUCGUCCAUGCGCAACCUGACGCCCAAGCAGCCGCUGAAGCCCGCGGAAAUCACCCUGCCGCCCACCCCCGCUGCCCACCCGACGUCGCGCUUCGACAGCAUCCUCGAGGAGGACGAGGAUGACGAGGCUGAAGGAGCAGGAGCUGAUCGACGAGCCCGACUCCACGCCCGUCAGCCACUCGCAGACCGUGCUGGCCGCGUAAAUACGGAGUUCCUGACUCCCCUACCCACCCACACCUUGUACCAAUUUCUUUUCCUUCUAUCUCUUUGCCAUAUUUCCAAAAACUGACUUCAUAAACUGUC